AUGUCCGACCUAACGCGUCAUUUCCAGUUCAUGUCAACGGCCUUGUUUGUAGGCUACAAGGCCUUGCUCAUCAAUGAGACACCUGUAUCUUGUAUAGUGACCAGAGGAGACGAUAUUAUUAGUAUAGGGUACAACUACACAAACAUCUCCCUAAAUGGCACCAAACAUGCCGAAUUUAUUGCAUUAGAACGACUUGGUAGAGAUAUUGACUACAGCGAGCUUACGCUAUAUGUAACAGUUGAGCCUUGUAUAAUGUGUGCGUCUUAUCUUCGGCAAUUGGGAAUUGGUAGAGUAUACUUUGGAUGCGGGAACGAUCGAUUUGGAGGCAACGGCACAAUCCUUUCUAUUCACAACGACACAAGCUUGCCCCAUAGAGGUUAUCCCAGCAUAGGUGGUAUUUGCAGAACAGAAGCAAUCCAGUUGCUUCGAAAUUUUUACAUCCAAGAAAACGAAUCGGCACCUAUACCACAAGUAAAGAAGAACAAAAACAUAGAAGAGAAAGAGUUUCCUCCAAACACCACUAACUUAUCUAAAGCUGACUUCAUCAAGUUUUUUGGGAGCUUGAGAUGGGAACGUUUCAGUAGUGACGUGGAAAUAACCCCAAAUGAUGGACAGGGGUAUUUCAUUUCGCAAUUGCUCACUCUUAAUGAAUUGAAGCAAGUUCCGUAUUUGGAAGAAGAGCUAGGUCAAGUUGGUUUGAAUCAACUUGAUUCUUUCUCCUCGCUAUUCUAUGAAAUCAGCAAUGACGGGCGUGUCAACUACGAGCAAUCAAUAGAUAAGUAUCUUCAUAAGAAACGUAGAACGGUGUAA